AUGCAGAGACAGGUAUCGCUGUGGCAUGCGACGUCGUUCGCGCCCCUUUCCAAGCUCACGCAUCUCGAUCUGGUCCGCAUGAUCCCGCCGGCGAAUCUGACCGCCUUCCUCCUCGGCGAUGCGAGCAUAACUCUCGUGGACCCGGAUGAUGUUUUGUCGCCUCUGGUGCGCGACGAGAUCGAAGCAGGCCUCUCGCCGCAUCUGACGCUGGAGUGUCUGCGAAUCUCGGACCUGCCUCGCAAAGCACUGUACCACUUUGGCGACUUUGCCGUCUGGCGCAAGGCAUACGAUGCGUACAGAAGCCUGUCACCCUCAGAGCGAGCUCUGCGCGCGGCUCCCCGACCACCAGAGAGCACGGAGGAAUGCUUCCAAUUUCAGAAUUCGCUGUACAAUCUCGCGAGCAACUCGCGGAAGCUGCCCAGCCUCAGACUCGUCAUUCUCGACAUCGUCACGGACAUGCACGACGAGCCCUACGGGGCACUCCGGCAGCUUGUCGAGGAAGGCGCGCUCAAGGGUGUGUCAGAGACAUUUCCAUUACCUGGCGCCGGAGACGGUGAGAGCUAUGCUGCCACGGGUAAGCUGGCGUUGCUGUUUGGUGCCAACGCCAAGGUGCCCGAAGAGAUCAUCGCAAGGAUCGGAGAGCUGGACGACCGGUGGCAAGGCUAUGUGGCAGAUGAGGACGAGCACUGGCAACUGGUCCACCAGGGUAAGCACGAUCUGAUCCAGCUUUGGAACGAUUCUCGCAAGCCAGCGAACGGCCAUGAUCCAAUUCCUGUACAUACAGAGAUUCGCAUCGCCGCCGAUCGAUACCAGUUUCUGAGCUCAGGCGACCGGCAACGCGAGUUUGUUUGCCAGGCAUCCAGCCUCGAAGCGCUCGAACACGCCGAAGGAUCGCCCUUGUCGUCGCAAGAUGUGGGCAUCUGGGCCGACCCAGACGUGUUUGAGCUCGUCAAGACCAUGCCCUGGCUUUCGUACAUACAGCUGAACGAGAUGGGCUGCUGCUGCUGGCUCGGCGGGCUGCCACGAGACAGCAAUCCAAAUCCAGGCCUCUCGCGACAGAAGGGCGAGGAGCCAAGGCUGGUCCAUCCAUCAAUCGUUUUGCUCGACGAAAACAAGCUGAACGAGACAGGCAGGGACGAAGUCAGGGCACGACGAGCUCAGGAGGAAGAGGAGGAAGAAGCAAGGAAGCGGCAGCGCACCGAGGCUGCUGCGGCAGAGCAGGCCGAUGCUGCGCCCAUUUGA